CCGCUCCGUCCCUCCCUCGCUGUGCAGCACCGCCCCUCGCACCGUGCGCAGGCGGCCGCCGAGCACCGGGCCGGGCCUGGGCGAGCUGUGGCUCCGCCGGAAUGCUUCGCACGGAGAAAGUGCUGCAGCUGCGGAGCCAGCAGGGCCGCUCGGUGCGCGUCGUGCGGGAGCACUACCUGCGGCCCGACGUGCCGUGCCGCAGCGCCCUGUGCCGGGCAGGCUGCCCCGGCGAUGGCAAAUUGUUAUCGGAUGAUGUGACUCAUUACGUUGUCCCAGACUGGAAGGUUGUUCAAGAUUACCUUGAGAUUCUUGAGUUUCCGGAGCUGAAAGGUAUUAUUUUCAUGCAAACAGCAUGCCAAGCUGUGCAACAUCAAAAAGGUCGCAGACAGUACAACAAGUUGCGAAAUCUGGUGAAGGAUGCCCGUCAUGACUGUACAGUGUUUGCAAAUGAAUUCCACCAGCAUUCUUACCGGCCAAGAGAGAAGGGAGAAUCGAUGGAGAAAUGGCAGACCAGGAGUAUUUACAAUGCAGCAGUCUGGUAUUAUAAUCACUGCUUGGGUCAGAUGCCAGUUGUUAUGGUAACAGAAGAUGAAGAUGCUAUCAGGCAGUACGGAAAUGAAACAGAAGGAGUGUUUGUGAUUUCCUUCAAGAAUUACUUGGAUAACUUUUGGCCUGACUUAAAGGCUGCCCACGAACUCUUUGACUCUAUACUUCAAGCUCGGCAUGAACGGGAGACUGAAAGCCAAGAAAACAACGGAAAAGAAUAUCCUGAGCACUUACCCAUGGAAAUAUUGGAGGCUGGGAUAAAAUCUGGAAGAUAUAUACAGGGUACUCUGAAUGUCAAUAAGCAUCGAGCACAAUUGGAAGCUUUUGUUCGACUUCAGGGAUUUGGCAGCAAAGAAACAGACCUUCAAAGCGACAUCCUUAUUUAUGGGGCCAGAGCUCGAAAUCGUGCAAUCCACGGUGAUGUGGUAGCUGUAGAGUUACUACCUUUGCACGAAUGGAAAGGAAGGAUUGUUGCCCUUUGUGAAAAUGAGACGGAGGAUAAAGCACCUGCUGACACCACUGGUGAUCCUAUGCCCACAGGUAAAGUUGUUGGAAUCAUUCAAAAGAACUGGAGGGAUUAUGUGGUCACUUUCCCUUCUAAAGAAGAAAGCCAGUCCCAGGGCAGAAAUGCUCAGAAAAUCCUUGUUACACCUUGGGACUACAGAAUUCCCAAAAUCCGGAUCAGUACCCAGCAAGCUGAAGCACUACAGGAGUACAGAGUUGUUGUGCGCAUUGAUUCUUGGGAAUCAAAUUCUGUGUAUCCAAAUGGACACUUUGUGAGGGUUUUAGGAAGAAUUGGAGAUCUCGAAGGGGAGAUUGCAGCUAUUCUGGUGGAGAACAGCAUUUCUAUAGCCCCUUUCUCAGAAAUCCAGAUGAGUGAAAUGCCCAUGAGUUCUUCAAAGAAUCCGUGGAAGGUGAAUCCAGAAGAGGAAAAAAAACGCCUCAACUUGAGAGAUACACAUUUGAUAUUCAGCAUUGACCCGAAAGGCUGUGAGGAUGUUGAUGACGCGCUAUCCGUUAGAACUCUGCCUAAUGGGAAUCUAGAGCUAGGUGUCCACAUUGCAGACGUGACCUACUUUGUGGCAGCGGAUUCUUACACUGAUGUUGAGGCAAGAGCAAGGGCAACAACUUACUAUUUGGCGGAUCGUCGUUACGAUAUGCUGCCCGCCGUCUUGAGUGCUGACAUAUGCUCUCUUCUUAGUGGAGUUGAUAGGUAUGCUGUAAGCAUCUUGUGGGAACUAGAAAGAGAGUCAUAUGAGAUACUGAGAGUCUGCUACAAUAAAACCAUCAUCCGGUCUGCGUACAAGCUAGUCUACGAAGUAGCACAGGGAUUAUUAGAUGGAGACACGAGUGUUGUUGAUGAUAUCCUGGAACUGAAAGACUUGGAUGAAAGAACUAGAAAGAAGAAAUUGGAGGAACUGGUUUGGGCAAUAUCAAAACUCACUGACAUAGCACGGCACGUUAGAGCUAAGCGGGACAGCUGUGGUGCUCUAGAACUAGAAGGGGUAGAAAUCCGAGUGCAACUGGAUGACAAAAAAAACAUUCACGAUCUGAUCCCCAAGCAGCCACUGGAGGUGCAUGAGACUGUAGCAGAAUGUAUGAUUCUUGCCAACCACUGGGUGGCAAAAAAGAUUUCAGAACACUUUCCUCAUCAAGCUUUGUUGCGUCAACAUCCUCCACCACGACAGGAGUUUUUUACUGAACUUCGAGAAUGUGCCAGUGCCAAAGGUUUCCCAAUAGACACAAGGUCUAACAAAACGUUGGCUGAGUCCCUGGAUAAAGCAGAUGAUCCCUUAGAUCCAAUUGUAAAUAAACUGUUGCGAUCUAUGGCCACCCACGCGAUGUCCAAUGCACUGUACUUCUCAACUGGCUCUUGUUCUGAAGAGGAGUUUCAUCAUUACGGACUCGCUUUAGAUAAGUACACUCAUUUUACUUCUCCAAUUAGAAGAUACGCUGACAUAGUUGUCCACAGACUCUUGAUGGCAGCCACUCUGAAGGAAACUAAAGAUGUUAAGGAUAAAGUACUCAGCAAUAAGGAUCUUGAGGAACUGUGCAGGCACAUUAAUAACAGGAACAGGGCAGCCCAGCAUGCUCAGAAACAGUCUACUGAACUCUUCCAGUGCAUGUACUUCAAAGACAAAACCCCAGAAACUGAUGAGCGCUGCGUAGCAGAUGGUGUUAUCUACUCAAUUCGAACAAAUGGCGUGCUUGUUUUUGUACCAAGAUAUGGAAUCAAAGGUGCUGCUUAUAUGAAAAACAAAGAAGGCUUAGUCAUCUCUUGUCAAGGUGAUAGAAGCUGUGAGUGGAAGCCUGGAUCGCUUCAGCGGUUUCAGAACAAAAUUACUUCCACUACAACCACUGGAGAAUCAGUUACAUUAAGCCUUUUCGAUCACAUAACAGUGAAAAUACUUGUGCAGACUUCCCGCUGCCAUGCUGACACAAUCAAGCUUGAAAUAAUCAGGAAUGCACCGUACCAGACUUCAGCCACGGAGGUUUCCCAGAAGAAUUUCAACAUGGUGAAAUCUGAUUUGGUAAAAGAAGUCAGCCAGUCUGCAGAAAAAGCCCAGCAUGCCCAAGAAAAAGCAAGAGUUGAAGUAAUUGAGGAAGAGUAUCGGGAGUACUGCCAGACAAAGGGACCAAGCUUAUACCAGCUGCUGGAGGAGAUCAGGGACUUGGCUCUAUUGGAUGUUUCAGCUGAUAUCAGAACUUGAACUAUAACCCAACAGGCUUUUUGAGGUUCUACUCAUAUUCAAUUUGUACAAUUAAGUUUUUUAAAAAACAGUAUUUAAAUAUUUGAGUGAUUUUAAGAUAAGCUAAAUGUCUAUUUUAAAUAAGAAUUAUUUUUAUGAUUAGGAAUACAUGUGACUUUUUAAAAGACUUUAUACAUGCUAGAUCUCAUCUUCUAGAUUUAAGACUGUGUGGUAAAUUCUUUCAACUGCCAUUCAAAAAAAGUUACUUGUCCUUGUUCUCUAUAAACUAAGUUCUUAAAACCUAA